AUGUUUUCCAAUCCUCUCGCAAUCACCACUUCCUCCCUUGGCCUCCAUCCUUCUCACACACUCCCAGAGAAGAUCCAAGCUGCCGCCUCCGCCUCGUUUUACGCCAUCGAAAUCGCCUACCAAGAACUUGAAGACUACGCGCUCUCCCAAACUCCCCCCCGUGAGCGUUUAUGUUCCUCUGCAAACAUUACUGUCUUGUCGUUGAACCCGUUCAAGAACUUUGAAGGACAUAACUCACCCCUGGAAGAGCGACUCGAUCGUGCGCGCACUUGGCUCAACAUCGCCGCUAACUUGAAAACCAAGUACAUACAAGUACCCUCGCAAUUUGAUAAGGAGCAGAGCUCAGGAGACUGGACACGCAUGGUGACAGAUCUUCAAACGCUGAGUGCCUUGGCGGCUUCGUACUCUGUCGAUAUUGCAUAUGAGGCUGUCGCUUGGGGUACCUACAUCGAUACAUGGGAAGAUUCACUCCGAAUGGUCCAAGACGUGAACCGAGAAAACUUCGGUCUUUGUCUGGACGCUUUCCAUAUAGCUGCUCGGGUGUGGGGUGACCCUACAGUUGAGAGCGGUAUGCGUGAAGACGCCGAUUUGGCUCUGGCGAAAUCACUUGAUCGAUUUGUUGAAACUUGUCCCUUGGACAAGGUAUUCUAUGUUCAGCUCUCCGAUGGUGAGAAAUUUGUCCCUCCAUUGCAACCGGGGCACCGGUUCUAUCAAGAAGACUUUCCGCCGUCCCUAUGUUGGUCACGUAACAUGCGCCCGCUUCCCCUUGAAGAGCAUCUAGGCGCGUAUCUUCCUGUGACAGAUAUUGCUCAUGCAUGGUUGAAGAGAAAGGAAUGGAAAGGUGUGGUUUCAAUCGAAAUAUUUGACUGGAGGAUGAGGGAUGAAUCGAGGCGACCAAAGGAGAAUGUCAAGCGAGCUGUUCAGUCUAUGGAAAAACUGUCCGCUAUACUGGAGAGGCCGGAAUAG